AUGAUCAUUGUCAUUGACAACUCCUCUCCUCAGUUCAAACAAUACCUUCGUCUCAUCUCACAUUCAAAUUCGAAAAUGAUUGCACGAACCAUCGACAUACCUCAGACCCAAAAGGCAAUCGUUGCCGGUCCUGACAGAAACUUCACGAUCGUACACGACCAACCAGUCACGCAUCUCGAGCCUAAUGCCAUCAUGGUCAAGGUGCACGCUGUCGCAUUGAACCCCGUGGACACUAAGUUGACGGGCGACUUUGUUACUCCUGGCGCGAUCUUUGGGUUCGACUGUGCCGGUACAGUCGUGGCCGUGGGAUCUGCUGUCCGCAAGCGCUGGGCCAUUGGAGAGCGAGUAUGUGGCAGCGCAUGUGGCAUGGAUCCUUCACGACCCUCUGGCGGUGCUUUUGCCGAGUACACCCUAUUGCCAGGCGAACUGGCUCUGCGUGUUCCCGACUACAUGUCGUUCGAGACCGCAACCACUCUGCCCACGGCCAUCAACACUACAGUUCUUGCCAUCUUCUGGUCGAUGAACAUUCCCAUGUCAUUAAUCGACAAGCCGGCUGAGAAGUCAUUCCCUAUCCUUGUGUACGGAGGUAGCACAAGUGUCGGAACGAUGGUGAUUCAGAUUCUCAAGAGAGCGGGCCUCAGGCCUAUUACGACAUGUUCGCCCAAGAACUUCGAGUUUGUCAAGUCGUUUGGUGCUGAAGCUGUCUUCGACUAUCGCUCGCCGACUUGCGGAGCAGACAUCAAGAAGUACACCAAAAACGCGUUGGGAUAUGCAAUCGACUGCAUCACAGAGGAGUCGAGCAUGAAGAUUUGCUACGAAGCAAUCGGACGCGCCGGCGGUCGCUACAUCGGAAUGGACCCAUUCCCUGCACACGUCGCGGCCACGCGCAAGCUCGUCAAGUCAGACUGGGUUGUCGCGUUCCGCAUCACAGGCAUGCCUUGCAACUGGCCCGCGCCAUUCACUAGCGAGGCAGAUCCAGAGCUGUCAGAGUCCGCGAUCCCGUUCUUCAACUCCAUGGAGAAGCUGCUUGCGGAUGGCCAAAUCAAGACUCAUCCCGCGAGGAUCAGCGACGGCGGGCUCGAGGCGGUUAUCGAUGGCGUGGACAUAUUGCGUCGUAAGGAGAUCAGCGCGGAGAAGCUGGUCUACACGACUGUUGCAAAGGAGUGA